GCGGGAGGGGCGCGUCCUGCACGGCCGGGGCCGCGGCAGAACGGCGCGCAGCGGGCAGGUGUGGCGGCUGGAGACGGGGCCGGAGCUGGAGCUGGAGCUGGAGCCGGAGCCGGCAGCUCCGUGCCUCCCGCGCUGCUCUCCGUCAGCAUGAAGGUCGAGUUUGCCCCCAUCAAUAUCCCCCUAAAGAGGAGGAUCCAGACAGUCGCCGUUCUGCAGUGGAUCUUCUCCUUCCUCCUGCUGGCAGAGUUUUGCUGUGGAUUCUUUGUGAUCCUGAUCCUGGGCAACUUCUGGUUCCUUGCUGUUCUGUACCUGCUGUGGCUGUACCUCGACUGGGGAACACCAUGUGCUGGGGGCAGACGGUCCCACUGGGUCAGAAGCUGGACUGUCUGGAAGUACUUCAGGGAAUACUUUCCCAUUCAUCUUAUAAAAACUUCAGAACUGAACCCAAAUCACAACUACUUACUUGGCUUUCACCCUCAUGGGGUCCUGGUUGCUGGAGCCUUCGGAAACUUUUGCACUGAUCCUCCUUUCAAAAAUUUAUUUCCUGGCCUUACUCCAUAUCUCCAUAUCAUGCCCAUCUGGUUUGGCUGUCCCUUCUUCAGAGAAUACAUAAUGAGUGCUGGAAUGGUUUCUGCAUCCAAGGAAAGUGUCUCCCAUGUGCUAAGCAAUGAAGGAGGUGGCCAUGCAUCUGUCAUUGUGAUUGGAGGAGCAGAAGAAUCUCUGAAUGCACAUCCUGGAAGUCUGACCUUGAACAUCCUCAAGAGGAAGGGCUUUAUUAAAAUGGCACUGAAACAUGGGGCUCAUCUGGUCCCAGUGUUUUCCUUUGGUGAAAAUGAACUAUUCAAGCAAGUUGCAAACCCCAAAGGUUCAUGGCUCAGGAAUGUACAGGAGAAGUUGCAAAAGAUAAUGGGCUUUGCUUUACCACUAUUUCAUGCUAGAGGAGUAUUCCAAUACAGUUUUGGCUUAAUACCUUACAGGCAACCUAUUCACACUGUUGUGGGAAGCCCCAUCCCUGUAAAACAGAACCUGAACCCCACCACUGAAGAGAUUGAUCAGCUACAUGCAUUGUAUCUACAGAAACUAAAGAAGUUAUUUGAAGAACACAAAAGCAAUUAUGGCAUCCCUGCACAUAAAUCUCUCAUCUUCGAGUAGCAAAUUACAAUUUGUAAUUCUAAAUCUCAUGCAAAGAAACAGUGUCUGCUCAAAGAUGUCUUUCUUGCAAUUCAUAUUUUGCAAUCUGUAAUUAUCCUUAUGUAAGGAAUACUUUUAAGAAGGGAUUAUUAGAGGAUUUAUUGAUUUUUAUCUUAUUCUUGGGUGGUCGGGGAGGGAUCAUUGGGAUGUAAGCCUUGAAGCCAGUGCUGUUUUGAGUUGUCCUUUUAGGUUCAUGUGUGCCAGAAAUGUGAGUGAGAGACUCCACACAGAUGUUCUUACCACAGCUUGAGCACAGGAAAUUGCCCCAGUGUGAGAUCAGUAGCAGAAGCAUAAAUCCAAGAAGUCUUUGAUUAGAGGUUGAGAGAUUUACCAGCAUUUAUCAAACAUGACAUCAGGUUCUUCUCUGAAUGUCAGAAACCCCUGCUGCUCUUCCACAGGAACGAAGGUGUACGUUUUCAGCAGAUGGCUGAAAACCACUUUCAGCAGAUGGCUGUAAACCCCUUUCAUGAGAAUUCAAGAAUAAAUAGGAGCCUUCAGCCCUGAAUUGGAUAUUGGCAGAAAUGGUUUGUCCAAGUCAUGGAGCAGAGCAAACCUUCUGUUUGGAGAACUGUGUUGAGAUUUUUGUGUGCAUGUGUGUGCUGGGUGGUGGGAAGCACUGAAUGAUGUGACUUUUCUGGACAAUCUCUGCUUUGGAUCAUAAAUUUGGAAGGUGAGGCAGCUUUGGUGGUUUCAGCCUCAGAAGAGAUGGCAGGCACAGGAGAGGAGAAGGAGGGAAUCAAGUGAACUCUUCAUCCUGUGCAAAUUAAAAAUAAUCCUAUGUCAAGCACUUGCACAGAAGGAAGUGGAGCCCAAUUUGUUCAGUCAGUUUUGAAAUUUCACCCAGGAAAUUGUACUUGAUAAUGCCUUUUUUUCCCCACUGACAAAUGUGGGGAUGUGUUAAGCUGGUGCUGCAGGGUGACACAGCUGCAGUGCCGAGGCAGUGUGAGCAUAGCUCUAGGGUGCAGCAGGUUAAGAGGAUGCAUUUUAUAUAAACCAGGUGCCUGAAUUUGAGAAAAAGUUUAUCCUAAAUGUGGAUAUCCACUUCAGAAAAUAAAAGAAAAAAAAUCUUAGCCAAACUCUUUUUCAGUGAAAAUGCCUAAGUCUUGGAGAUUAUUGUGUAUGGAAAGAAUUGUAAUAUAUUACUGUAUUUUUAUGAGAUAAAUUCUUGUAUUUGUACAUACUUUCUGACUGCCUGCAGACUUUGCAGUCUGAUGUUAGUGAAGAGUUUGCUUUUAGGAGUUUUGGUGCCUGAAUAUGACAUCAGUGAGGUGCUCUGACAGGUCAAGCAUGGGCUUGUCAGGCAGCCUGGGCAUCUUCAGUUGGCUCAGCUGGGCACAGAGGUGCUCCAGGAAUAGCAGUCCUGGACACAUUGUGUAUUCCAUGGGCUGGAGGCUCUUAGGAAAAACACACCUGGGGCUUUGAGAACAAGGUAGAACUCAGGAAAGAAAUUUCCAGAGAAAUUCUGGAAAUCCUUUGAAAGAUGAAGGUAUUUAUAGAAAAGAGUGGAAAUGACUUCUGUGGAGUGAACUCUGGCUGAACCAACACCCCAAAGCCAGACAAGUAUUUGCCAGACAGAGCACAUGUAUGUGCUCCAAAAAACCCUCCAGCAACAAGUUGGUUUCCUUAAGAGGGCUCUUCCUUCUUGUCAUCCUGUUGUCAUCUGGGUGUAAACAACACUGAGUCCUGCUCUCAUUUGCUCUACAGUGACAUUAACACUCUGGGAACCAGGGCUGGAAUUUGCAGUGCCUGAAGAAGCCCCUCUUUCCUGACAGACUGCUGUCAAUGUGCCCACAGUUCACCUCUACCUGAGCUUUCUUGGUGCCAUGUGUGCUUGCCCUCCCUUUCCCAUGCCUUUGCUGAUCACUGAUGAUCACUGUGGUGCAGGCAUCUUGCUUCCUCACUUUCUGCCCACCUUCCCUGGGCUGAGAUCUCUGGUCUCUAUCCAUGUAAAAUACUGACUGGUGUCUUAUCAUUCAGCAAAAAUGGGGUUUAGGAGCAGGGUUUGAGAAGAGGAAGCACUGUGCCUGAGCAGGUUUAACACCAGUUUAACAUCAGGGCUGUUUCAUCUCUGGAAGGGCAUGUUUCUAGAGAGGUCAAGCAUGGCAGGUUUGUUACCUGGGAAGAGGUCUCAGUCCUGAGGAUUGCACCAAGUGAUGAUCCCUGAGCAGUUGCUCUGUCUUAGCCAGUUAUGUGAAAUUUCCUUUGGAUUUGACUCUUUAUUGCCUGCCCUGAUGAGUGGCGAGGAUUAUUCAUGAAAGAAGGAUUUGGAGUCUGUCAGAGUGUGCUCUCCUAGAUUAUCUCUUCUAAUGAGAUAUUUCCUCUCAUUCUCACUCUGUUCUUUUUCCAUUACCUUAAUGAUACAGAAGAUCAGGCUGUAAAUUUAAAAAUUUUAGCAUUGAGGAUGGAAAGUAACAAUUUUUUUUGGUAAAUUAAAUUAAUCAUAACUUCUAGGAAAUAUGUGGAUACUGAUUUUGGGACAAUAUCUGGUCAAAAGGGUAUCCUAUAAACAGGCUUUCCUUUGAAUUCCUUGAGGAAAUUAUCUGUGGGCUCUCUGUACCAUCCAUAACUGGCUCAGGUAGAACAAGUAGGGAUUGUGUUGCUAUGGCUACUGAUACUGUCAUUGCUUUGUAACAUUGGAGAUGGUAAAAAACCCAAAAAAACCCCAACAAAAAAUAACAAACCAACAAAAUCUCCCAACAACUCAAAUAUUUAUUGUUGUUCAGUUGCCACUGCAUAUUGCUUAUGAUGGUCCUUCCAAACUACCUUUUAUUAACCAAUUGUCUAGUGUACCCAGGGCUGUUUUAAAAUAGAACUUCUGUCUCUAAAUGUGAUAGACAUGGUGUCAUCUGAAAUAUUUCCCUCUGUGUUAGUGUGGAUGUGUAAAGCAGACCUGCAGUCCUGAGCCUAAAGGCCAGAGCCCUGGCAGCCACAGACCCAUUUUGGCUACCACAGGCACCAAUGGCAGCACUGCUGCAGGCAGAGGAAGCUGCCCAUGUUUGUUGGAUCUAGAAUCUCCAGCUGCAGUUCAUGCUGGACAAAGCAAGGGCAAGGAGCUGGUAGGAAUGGUGACACACCCUGCCCCAGCUGCACCUGGAAGAGCUGGGCAGCACUCAGAUUCCUGGUGGGAUGCCACACUGCCUGGGGCCUGCCUGCUUCCUGGGCUGUUUCUCUUUGUGCCUUUUAAUCCCAGGGAGACCAGCCAGCCAUCAAUAGGAGAAGCUCUGCCUCAAACCCUGCAAACACUGCCUGCCUGAUAUGCUCAAGAUGAAGUUCCUGCCUAUUCCCCGUGUGUGAACACCUCUGUGCCAAAUUCUGCUGACAGAAAAUCAACCCUUGAGUAUUUUUACUCUAUGAACUACACAGCUUAAUUUACACUUUGUAACUUUUUAUGGUACCUGUAAAAUAUGAAUGUCAGUUGUUUCAAUGAUAGCUGUGGCAAGGAGGUGUGAGAUAAUAAAGGUUUGUACCAAG